ACUUCCACCGGAACCGGUUCUCACUCGACUCGCCGACCUCUCUCUGUGCGGAUCCAACCCGUCUCUGCCGGACCGGUGGUGACGCAGAAGUACUGGGCGCAGUCUGGAAAGCAUGACUGAGCUGCGUGGGCAGGUGGAAGCGAUCUUCGAGGCGAAACUGGGACAUGGCGAGUGCCACGAUGGCGGUGGCGGGACAUGGCUGGAGCGGCAAAGCUACAUCGAAAUUCUUCAAGAUAUUGGUAGCACACUGGAGGAGGCCCAUGCCAUUCUGCAGGACUACCCGCAAAACUCAUGGCUUCGUGUGAAAGACUUCUUGGAUAUCCUCUUCACCUCAGAGGUCCAAAAAGCUGAAGAAAGCAUGCAAGAAAGGAACCAGCCAGGGGCAAGCGCUGCAUUGGAGGUACACAAAAUCGACACCAUCGUGACAGAAGGGAGUGAUGUGAAGAAGC